AGAGUAAUCGGAUACCCGCUACUUCGGAGGCCUUGGUUAUCUGACCGCUCUGCCCCCUGCCCCCGCCACACUGAUAUUGAACCAGUUUGGAAAGACACCAUGCCACAAGAGGAGUGAGUUCUUCCCCAUUUUCACAAUGGAGGACUCAGGAAAGACUUUCAGCUCUGAGGAAGAAGAAGCAAACUAUUGGAAAGACCUAGCGAUGACCUACAAGCAGAGGGCAGAGAAUACACAGGAGGAACUCCGAGAAUUCCAGGAGGGAAGCCGAGAAUAUGAAGCUGAAUUAGAGACACAGCUGCAACAAAUUGAAACCAGAAACAGAGACCUCUUGUCAGAGAAUAACCGCCUUCGCAUGGAGCUGGAAACUGUCAAGGAAAAAUUUGAAAUGCAGCAUUCUGAAGGCUACCGGCAGAUCUCAGCUUUGGAAGAUGACCUGGCACAGACGAAAGCAAUUAAAGAUCAACUGCAGAAAUACAUCAGGGAGCUGGAGCAAGCCAACGAUGACUUAGAAAGAGCCAAACGAGCCACCAUCAUGUCUCUGGAAGACUUUGAGCAGCGCUUGAAUCAAGCCAUUGAAAGAAAUGCCUUCUUAGAAAGCGAACUUGACGAGAAGGAGAACCUCCUAGAAUCUGUUCAGCGACUAAAGGAUGAAGCCAGAGAUUUGCGGCAGGAAUUGGCUGUGCAACAGAAGCAGGAGAAGCCCAGGACACCCCUGCCCAGCACGGUGGAGGCCGGAAGGACAGACACGGCUGUGCAGGCCACGGGCUCUGUGCCGUCCACGCCUGCUGCCCAUCGAGGACUCAGCUCUGCUUUAAACACCCCGGGGACAUUCAGGCGUGGCCUGGACAGCUCCAACAGUGGGACCCCUCUCACACCUGCGGCCCGGAUUUCAGCCCUCAACAUUGUGGGGGACCUGCUGCGUAAAGUUGGGGCACUGGAGUCCAAACUUGCAUCCUGCCGAAACUUUGUGUAUGAUCAGUCCCCAAAUCGGACAAGUGGACUGGCCUCAGGGCGGGGCAGCAAGAACAGAGAUGGUGGCGGCGACAGAAGGACGAGCAGCAGCGGCGUACCUCUGGGUGACAAAGGGUUGGGAAAACGCCUGGAAUUCGGGAAGCCACCCUCACAUCCAUCCUCACCCGCGCUGCCGCUGCCGUCUGCCCAGGGGGUUGUCAAGCUGUUGCUUUAGGAACCCAUGCGAGCUGGAGCCCUAUCUGGCCAGGGUCCUUACCUUUCCUCCUCCCUUCACACUAAGCUUUUGUUUUUUUUAAAAUUAGUUUGAGAAAUAAGAGCCAGCGGUCACUGUAGUUUGCUUUGUGCUGUGUGGCCCAAGCCUUUAACGCAGGCUGUCAGCCGUGGCCCUGGUGGUGUCCCUGUGAGAUGACGUCUGGCAGUUCUUUGUCUCCCCUUGGUGUGUAUAUCACAGACACAGUGACAUUUUAAGCUAGGCCUCUAGGAGGUUCUAAGUGUGGAUGACAAGGCUGUCCAUCACCGGCUAUCCAAGAAUCCUGAUGUCCUUGAGCAGUGCUUUUAGUGUCCAGGUCGUCUCCAGAGGGAGACUUGAGCCAUCUUGGGCUCACCUCCUGGUCCCUUGCAUCAGCUGCCUUCCAGAAUGGACUGCCUGUGUUUUAUAGUGUACAGAAAUCAUGUCUUGGAGCGGUGAAGAGAAAACACAUGUGCCUUUUUAAAACUGAUAGUGUACCUCUGACUUUUUAAUGUGCCUUUCAUGGUGGUACUUAGAGCUAUGUUCGAGGUUUGGAGUCAUUUUCAAGCCAGUCAGCAUCAGUGGGGAAUCCUGUCCUCUGGAGGUAAGGAUUUAAUUAAUUUCCCCAAGUUUCCUUCUCUGGCAUAGGGGUGACGUCUGCAUCAGGACCCUGGGGGUACUUGAGGUAGAGUGGACUAAGUAAUGCAGCCCCUAAAAAGAGGACUUCAUUCAAAGUCAUCGUGAAAUAACCAGGGUGACCUUCAAAAGUGAGGAAAACAACAGCUAUUAUUGGAAGUGUGUUCAUGAAACAGAGAGCGCUCUCCGCACGUCGUCUUCUCGUCCCUGCUGGUCUCUGCUGCCUCUGCUUUCAGACCAGCGGAAAGAGCCCUGCGUUUCAGGAACAGGAGUGCAGCCUGAUGGCCUUCACUUUUUACUAAAUUAUUUUCUGAAAGAACCAGUGAAACUAGGCCUUGAGUGGAAAAUAGGAUUUUCUAAGCACGCCUGAGAUAUGGCAGAGAAGUCAGCUGUGGCCGGGUUUGUCACCUCACAUGUUCUAACCUGAGUGGUAAAAGAUGUCCUUUAUUUUUUUUUUUUAAAGAACAAUAAAAUGGAGAGGAACUCGUG